AUGAGGCCAGAGCUCGUCCCUUCUCCAGCACUCAAGUGCACCCUGCUGGAGAAAUCCAGAGGGCGAAUGAGCAGGGAAAUGCUUUGCAAAAACCUAUGGGAAAGUUCUGGUGUGGAAAAUCGACUCAUAAAUGAUGCAGAGCUUUCUGAACUGCUAAUGGGCUCUGGAUUGGGUGCGCACAAUGGCCCUGAGCUCUGUCCAGAGGUGGGAGUAUUACAUCCCCCGCUUUCUCCAGCAUUGCCGAAGUAUGUGUUAGCAGACUAUCGUUAUGGGAGAGAAGAAAUGUUAGCACUUUUCCUUAAACACAAGGAGGAGCCCUCGCUGUCCCGGCUCUUGUGCCCUUCACGGAAGAAGAACAGAGGCAGAGGUGAAUGCGGUUUCUACCAAAGAAGUUUUGAUGAAGUAGAGGGAGUGUUUGACCGAGAAGGCAGCAGGGAAAUGCUCAGGUCACAGAGCUGGGAGGAAAGGGGUGACAGAUGUUUUGACAAACCAGGACAAAAAGAAGUAGGCCUUGGCCGAGUAGCCAGCAGGGUGCGCGGCGCCGAGCCGAGGGGGCGGGCUGAGGGGCGGCCCCCGGGAGAGAGCAGCCAGGUGGAGGAGGAGCGCGAACGCGACCGCAGGUAA